UUGUUUUUGUGUAGAUUUCAACUGUCCAGCUGGUACAAUUUAUCAGCAUUGCCAUGAUGCAUGUCCUCAAACUUGUCAUAAUGAUUCUCUACCAAUAGAUUGUCAUAAACUAAAAAUUGAUGGCUGUUUUUGUCCAGAGAAUAUGGUGUUUAAAAAUGGAUCAUGCACAGAAAAAUUAUAUUGCAAUACCUGUGAUGACAAUGGACAUUUGCCCGGUGAUACUUGGUUUGAAGAAAAAUGCACUAUAUGCACAUGUACUGAAAAACUACGAAUUGAAUGCAGAGAAAAAGUUUGUCCAAACCCACCAAUAUGUAAUGCUGACGAAAAGUUAAAAGAAGUGUCCAGCAAUAACAACUCCUGUUGUAGCAUGUUUAUUUGUCAGAAAGCCCUAUCACAAGUAUCAUGUCCUGCUACUGAAGUACCAACGUGUAAGAGAGGAGAAUCAGCAAAACUAAUAACAGAAGGAAACUGUCCAAAUUAUACCUGUGUUUGUGAGCCAGUUUUGUGUCCUCCCAUUACAAAACCAAAUAAUUUAAAACCUGGACAGACAACAGAAAUUAUUAAAUCUGAAUGUUGUCCUGAAAUUCAAAUUAUAUGCAAGAAUGAACUCUGCCCACCAGUAAUUUCAUGUCCUUCUCAUUUAGAAUUAAAACAAUAUGAUGAUGAAUGUUGUCCUAUAUACCAGUGUGAAAUUUCAAAAGAAAAAGGUGUUUAUACUCAUGAAUAUGGAAUUGAUGAAACCGGAUAUGAUUUUCUAAUACCUUUGGAUGAGUUGCAAGUUUCAGUUUAUAAGCCAAAUGAAACAUGGACAGAUGGUUUAUGCAGAAACUGUACUUGUAAAUAUAAUCAUAAGAAAUAUGUCGCUCAAUGUGCUGUUCAAGAAUGCCCUGAUAUUUAUAGUAUUCCAGAAAAUUUAGACUAUGAGAUAAUGGAUUUAUAUCAACCUAAUCGAUGUUGUCCAGAAUUGAUUUAUGUAAAUUGUAAGGAUGAAAAUGGCAACAUAUAUAAGAUUGGAGAUCAAUGGCAAAACAAGAGUGAUCCCUGCCAAAUAUUUGAAUGUGCAGUUUCUCCUAGUGGUCAAGCUUUGAAGAUUGUAAAGAAAGAAGAAUGCAGCUGUGAGAAGGGAGAAGAACAACAGUUACCAUCAGUAAAUGAAUGUUGUGGGAAAUGCAUAAAAACUCAUUGUUUUCACUUCGAUACUUUAUAUUCAUUGAAUGAAACAUGGAGUAAUCCAGUUGACAGAUGCCAAAAGUAUGAGUGCAAAUUAGUAGAUAAUGAAUUAACUAUAGUAAAACAAACAUGCCUGCCCAUUCGAGAAGACUGUCCAGAGGAAAAUUUGAUAUUGGAUAAAGAUAAUUGUUGUACAAUAUGUAAUGCAACUUUUGGUGUAAUAGGGUGCAACACGUUGCCAAAAGUAAUUGAAGUAGGAGAAUUGAAAAAGAACGAUUCCAAUCACGGAUUAUGCGUAAAUCCAAAAAGGUUAUCCGAUGUAUUAGAAUGCGGGGGUACCUGCGAAUCACAUUCAAUGUAUUCAUUAGAAUCUCAAGAAUAUAAAUCCUCUUGCAAGUGUUGUUCUCCGGUAGACGUUGAAGUGACCGACGUGGAAUUAAUGUGCGACGACGGAUACAAAUUAACGGAAAGGUUGGCUCAUCCCAAAACCUGUGCUUGUUAUCCUUGUUCCGGAUCGAAUAGUAAAUUAAGAGAAUCAAAUGAGGAAGAAAAUUCUUUGAAAAAUAAUCUUAAAAACGAAGAAUUUUCUCAGAAUAAUCUCGGUGAAGAACAAUAUUCUCAGAAUAGUCUCGGGCAAGAACAAUAUUCCCAAAGCAACGUUCAAGAACAAAACAGCGCUCAGAAUGAUCUACAGAAUUACGCACAAAAUUUAAACGAUUACGACCUCGAUUAAUGGAAUUAAAAAACUUGAUAUGAUUGGAAAAUAUGGACCAUUCUAUUAUUGUAAUGAAAUUCUAUUUAAGAAUUUUUAUAAUCAUGGAAUUUUGUAUAUUCAUUUUUAAAAAAUUCAAAUAUGUAUAUUUGAAAAUAAACCUGUACAAGCAAUAACUAUAAAUAA